AAUGAAAUUGAAAAGGGGAUGGUUUAUUAAGAAUGAAUAUGGGAAAGAAGAAUUUUAAAAAAUAGAGAUUGAUCCAAAGAAUUAUAAAUAUGCUAUGAUUGAAUAGGAAAAGUUAAGAACAUAAAAUGGUAUUUUGGAUUAUUUAAGUACUUUGAAACAGGUACCUAAUUAUAAAACAAUAUUGACAUCUUUCAAUCAAAUUCAAGCUAUGUUGGAUGUUGCAGUCAAUAGACGUGUUAAGAUUGAUGAUCAAGAGGAAGCUGAGAAGAAGAUGGUGAGAUUAAGGGCAGAAGUAUAUUAAAACAAUAUUAUUAAAUACCAGAAUAGGUUGUUGUUUUAAAUGAUAAAGUAGCUAUAGCAACAGAAAAAGGAGUGGAUUAAUAAUAUAUAAUAGGUUAGGCUUCAGAAUUAAGGGAUAAAACGGCAAAAGCUAUUUAAGCUAAGAAAAUAUUGAAGAUGUUUAAUAAGUAUCCAGCUAGAGAGAUUCCAAAUCCUAUU